AUGGAUGAACUCGAUAUGCUUUUAGAGCAGCUGGCUCAUAACUCCAGCGAGGCUUCAGACCCUCCUGCACUCCUUCCAGCCAAAACCCUGAAAAACAACAACACAACUAUGCUCCAACAAACUGAAUCCUCAGGUCUCAUCGCUGGUCCAGGACAGACAUUUGAUAACCCCUACAGUGUUCCUACAGCCCCUGUAGAGGCCAGUCUAAUGAGUCCCGGGACAGCGACACGAGAACUGGAAUCCCUCAUGAAUAAUCUGAUGGGUCUCGAUCUGGAGGUUUCAGAGCCAGUUCCCUCAUCAAACCCACCUCCACUGGCUCGCAAGUCAAUAAAGGCCAAAACAACAGAGGAAACUGGAGAAAGUGGUUGUGGAAGACAGGAAGAGGACAGGAAACCUCAGCAUCCUCCUCUGUCAGAGAAACUCUCCAAGGGCGUGGAUGCUAUAGAUGAUCUGCUAGGCUCGCUCAGCUCUGAUAUGGAGAAAAUGGGGGUUCGCACCGCUGCCAAAGGCCAUUGUGCUUCUUGUGGCAAGUGUAUAGCUGGGAAGAUGAUCACAGCUCUGGGUCAGGUGUGGCACCAAGAACACUUUGUGUGCUCUUCGUGCAGGGAAGAACUGGGCACAUGUGGUUUCUUUGAGCGAGACGGCAAGCCGUACUGUGAGAAAGACUAUCAGAAACUCUUCUCUCCUCGCUGUGCUUACUGCAAGGGCCCUAUUACUCACAACAUUCUAACAGCGAUGGAUCAAACAUGGCACCCAGAACACUUCUUCUGCUGCCACUGUGGGGAUCUAUUCGGACCUGAAGGCUAUCUGGAGAGAGAUGGCAAACCUUAUUGCUCCAGGGAUUUCUACCGUCUCUUUGCGCCGAAAUGCUCGGGCUGUGGAGAACCAGUGAAGGAGAACUAUCUGUCCGCAGCCAAUGGGACCUGGCACCCCGACUGCUUCGUCUGUGCGGACUGUCUGAAGCCUUUCACGGACGGCUGCUUCCUGGAGCUGAACGGUCGGCCCCUGUGUUCUCUGCACUAUCACUCCAGACAGGGCACUCUGUGUGGGACGUGCGGGGAGCCUAUAGCGGGACGCUGCAUCGCCGCUCUGGACCGCAAGUUUCACCCCGAACACUUUGUGUGCGCAUUCUGCCUCCGACAGCUCAGUCAGGGAGUGUUUAAAGAGCAGGCAGGGAAGCCGUACUGUUCCGUGUGUCACGCCAAACUCUUUGUGUGAAUACUGAAGGGUUUAGUAAAAAGGAAAGAUUUAAAGAAGUGGCUCUCAACAUUUUUAACUCCAAUGGCCAAUUAAAUAGUCAAGUUUAUUCAAAUAAAACUAUUACAUUACAUUUCUAAUUAAUACACUGUAAAAAAAAA